GAAAGAGAGCAAAAACCCAACAAAGCCCCAUCAACUGAAAACAAGCAAAAACCUCAAAAAUCAAGACUUCCUUCAAACUGGGAUCGUUGUGGAGAUGAUGAUGAAGAUGAAUUUGGAGUCAAUCUUGAAAACCCACAUGGAGAUAACCUUAAAAAACCAAACUUUGAGGAUGAUGGUCUUGUUUUGCCAAAGAGAAAAGGUGCUGACUUUAAGCACCUCUUAGAUGAAACUCUAUCAAAAUGUCACCAGGCAUGGAGUAGACCCCUUGCUUUCAGUCAGAGAGAAAGCAUUCUAUCAUGGAUCGGGGAUGAUAAUUUUGUUGUGGAGGAUAAAACUACUUCAACUCAUGAGGCAUCAUUUCUCUCCCUUAAUUUGCAUGCUCUUGCAGAACAGCUAGCUAAAGUAGAUGUAUCAGGGAGGCUCUUCAUUGAAGCAGAUCUAUUAGCAACAGAAUUGGGUCUCACAGAACUGGGGUGUUUCAGUAACAUUAUGAUGCUUCACGGAAAAUGUUUCCUUCAGAGUUACCUUGUACUUUAUAAACAGGGAUCAAAUACAAGCAGCAGCCAGGAAUAUGACCAAUUGCAAACAACAGGAUCAGAGGCAAGCAGCAGUCAUGGACCUGACAGAAAACCAACAACUCAAACUAAAGCAACCUUAACAAUCUCUGAAGAAUUGGCUUUUGAAGAUUUUUCUGAGAAGAAUAAGGCUGUCAUUCAAAAUACCAAGGUUUUUGCUUCAGGCUUGACCAUAGGCAAUACAGACCCAUUUUCAUUCAUUCAGGGAUCAGAUGUCAAGGGUAAUUUGAAUAGAAAUCAGUGUGGAAAUUCCAAUCAAAGCACAGCUCCUGAGCCCCCAGAACAGUUCAAUGUGAGUUCUGCUGUCCCUAAGAGCAGGCUGCCCACGUUUGAAGCAGAAGCUGCUGAGUCUAACCUGUAUAUGCUUCCUGGCUCGCUUAGUGAGACCAAGCUACUUGAUUCUUCUUGUUUUGGGUCUGGUACUUUACCCAUUUUAGAGAAAAAUGCUCCUGGCACCUCUGCCAGAAGUUAGAAGAAAUCCCACUGGUUCAGCAAAAAACUCCUACACUGCUGCCACCCCGGACAGCAUACCUGAUGAUUUACUUGAGGAAACAUCUGAUUUACAAAGAGAAAGAAGCUGCUACACCUCUGCCACUACUUGCAAGAAAUGCCCUUGCCUCUGCAAAAACCACUUCUACUGCUGCCACUUUAGAUGAUGUACUUGAUGACAACAUACUUGAUGAUUUACUUUGAGGAAACAUCUAAUUUACAAGAGAAAGAGGUUGCUACGCCUCUGCCACUACUUGCAAGAAAUGCCUGUCGCUUCGGCAAAAACCACUUCUGCUGCCACUCAAGAUGACGUACUUGAUGAUUUACUUGAGGAAACAUCUAAUUUGUCAAACCAAAACAAUUUGCAUCAGCCUCUAGAAAUGAAGGCUGCAUCUUUUGAAAUUCAAUCUUCUUCUCUCCGUCUGUCAGUAAGUCGAAGUUUUGGAUUGACUUUGAUGCAUCGUCGGAUACAAUUAACUGCUUGUAAUUUUACCAAACCCCAACCAUGUAUCUUUAUUUGUUGUGCUUAAUGCAAUACAAGGAUGUAUACUUCCAAGCUGCUACAUGGAUUCUGUGUUUUACAAGUAAAAAAAUAUUUAGGCAUUUUCCAAUGUUA